AUCAGAUUCCAGCUUUCAUGUUACCAUCGUAGAUAAGAAACCGAAAGCCAAGAUGUGAUUGGUUGCUAUGGACAACGGUUUUUCCAAUCUUGCUAUAAACUUUAUUUAUACAUAAAUUGCUCACAGCAGCCAAUCCGAUUAUUCAUUAAUUAUGCAGAAAAUGUCGCUGAUUUGGCUCCAGGUUGGACAAUGCGGCAACCAGAUUGGACAAGAAUGGUGGCAGAUCCUCAGCAGCAACGUGGCAGAAGCCGACCGGUUUCCCUAUUUCUCCCGUGACGGACUCAUAAACGCCAUUUGUGUAGACUCCGAACCCAAAGUGAUCCGGAAACUGCGCCAGCAGGUGAAGAACGGAUACUUCAGAGAUAACAACAUCAUUGUGGGACGGAGAGGAAGAGGAAAGAACUGGGCGUAUGGUUACCAUGGGAAUUCCACCGGCGCAGAGAAGAACCUGCUGGAGAGAACAAUGGAGGCCUUCAGGAAGGAGGUGGAGCGGCGGGACUGUUAUAGCGGCACAGUGAUCCUGCACAGUCUGUGUGGAGGCACCGGAGCCGGUCUGGGCUCUCGGUUAUGUGAAGAAAUCAGAGACACUUAUCCUGCUGGGUAUAUAUUGUCUGUGACCGGAGCCCCCCAUGACACAGGUGACUCCCCUCUCCAGCAUUAUAACUCGCUGCUCUGCCUGGCCUGGAUGCAAAGGUUCUGUGAUGGGGUCCUUCUCUUCCAGAAUGAUGAGGUGAUGAAGAGAGUGGCCUCCUUGGUGGAGAAGAAGACGUUCACUGCCUCUGGGCUCCAGCCGUCUGUCUCCCUGUCCUCCAUGAAUGCUCACAUAGCAUCCUGUCUGGCCGGCCUCCUCUGUCCUGUAUAUUCCUUAAAAACCAAAAGUUCUGUGAGUAUCGGCCUGGAGCCCUGGGAGCUGAUCCGUAGUCUGUGUCCGAUGUCCACCAUGAAGUUCCUCCACACGUCUCAUGUCAGCAGGAGGGGAGCGCCCUCCUGGGACAAAGUGACGAGCUCCGUGGUGCAGAGCGUCCCCCGCGCCGAUCCACACGGCCGCCUUCACCACAGUCUGUCCGUACUGGCGGUGGCUCGUAACUCUCAGGACUACUCCUUCCUGCUGUCCCGGGACUCUGUGCUGAUGAAGCUGCGGCAGGCGUAUCGCUGUGUGUCGUGGAACCCCUCCCCCGUCUACUGCUGGACAGACCCCCUAAAUAUUGUGGACCCCUCGUGUCAUUCUUUGACCGUCUGCGCCAAUCACUCCAGUGCGGCGGACCUGAUGAGCGGCGUUCUGUGUAAAGCUCGUACGAUGUAUAACGCAGGCGCCUAUCUGCACUGGUACCGGAGAUACGGCUGCGAGGACGACCAUUUCCAGAUGUCCUUUGAGAUCCUGAACUCGCUGGUGGAUGAAUACCGGGGUCUGGGGGUCCCAUGAGCAAAUGAGAACCGAUAACGCAGAGCCGCCAUGACUAUGACCCUAUGUGCCGGCAGGACACCGAUCUAUAGCAUUAAUGAAACGGGAGGGACCGCACUGAGCGCACACUUCUCCCGGCUCACUCUACUGAUCGGUCACGGUCUGAACACUCCGACCCCAACCGCUCAAUACUCGUCCCUGACAUAUUAAAGGGGUUGUCCAGAGAUAGAAACACAUAUUGUUUAAAAAAAUAAAUAAAACAGCACCACCCCUGGUUGUGUACGGUAUUACAACUUUCAGUGGAACUGAGCUGCAAUACCACACACACCCUGUGGCCAGAGAUGGUGCUGUUUUGGGAAGAAAUUAGCUCUGUGUUUCUUUCGAUUUUAUAAUGACCGCGACCAUUUACGUCUUUUUCCAGAAGCAGAUUUGCAGUUCAGGAUUAAACAUCUGGAGCUAAAAAUGGUGGAAUAAAUAUCCGACACCUAGAAAGGCGACGAGUCCCGGACUUUCUCGGUCUUUGCAGGUUUAAAGGGAAACUCCGGUGCUCCAACACUCUAGAGUCAGAGGUUGUGAUCGUGAUGUCAUGGCCAUGCCCCCCAUUCAUGUCUAUGGGAGGGGGCAUGUCGUAAGACACGCCCCCUCCCAUAGACAUGAAUGGGGGUGCGUGGUGUGAAGUCACACCCGCAGGAACCCGACGCAGCGGAACCCCCGCGAUCAGACAUCUUAUCCCCUAUCAUUUGGAGUGCCCCUUUAACCCCUAAGGACAGAGCACAUUUUAGCCUUAGGUCGGAAUUUCGGUGGAACUCUGUGUUCUCAAAACACAAAAUUCGGCUGAAAUUCGAAGCACCGUUGACUUCCAUGGGAUUCCGCUGCAGAAUUCCCCAAAAUUAAAGGGGUUAUCCAGGGAAAAACUUUUUUUUAAAUAUCAACUGGCUCCAGAAAGUUAAACAGAUAAUUACUUCUAUUAAAAA